ACAGAUUUAUUUUUUAAAUUAUAUUUCCUGAAUUUUUAAUGUUUUUUUUUAAAUUUAAUGGAAUUAAAUGGAAUUACAAGAGAGGGCGCAUUAGUUUUUAAAACAUGCAUAUACCUGUGCAACCUGUUAUGGCUUUUGAAAAAAAAUUAGUACCAAUACUAAACUUGUCUAGUGUUAAAAUUUAUUUAAAAUCAUAUAUAAUAAGACAUGUUAUUCUACCAGCUGAUUUAGCAAGACAUGUUCCAAAAACUCAUCUUAUGUCAGNUGUUUCUUUAAGAAACUCAGAUAAAUUUAUAUUUUAUAUUUUAUAUAUUUCAGAACCACAUGUGCUACUCUUCCGUAGACCAAGAACUGAUGUUUUAACAAAUACAAGAAGCACUGCUUUUCAAAGAGAAUACCAAAAUGUAUAUUGUGUUUAAACAAAUUUUUAGGAACUUUCAAUAUUAUUUAAUGUCAGAUUUAAAGAUUAAUAAAUUGAUUAGCAUAAUUAUAAUAUAAAUGGUAAAAAUGAUUUGCUUAUUUAUGAUCAUGAUUUUGUUAAGAUUAAUAAAUAUAUUCUGAUAGAAAUUUAUGUAAAUUUUAAAAUAUUUUAAAAAUAAAAGAGAGAGAGAGAGACUGUAA